AGAACGCUCAUCAAAGAAAAGAUUGACUACAUGGCACUUUGGCGCGAGUAUGUCAUGAAUCAUUUCGACGAUACUUUCAACAGUGUCCGCAGUAAAAUUGAAGCAAACGAGAAUGAAGAUCAGCAGACGGACGAUCCUGUCACGGAUCCGAAAAAAUCCAAACAACUUAUUCGUACUUGCUCUGUCCCACUUUCACGAGUCAUUCGUUCCGAUCUCCCUACCGCGAUAACUUUUUGCAAAGCAUCAGCAAGUUUUCAAUUCACCUUACCGGCAUCAUCUCCAAACUAUCAAUGCUUACUUAUCUCACUUGCUUGAAUUAUAGCAAAUCGCCAAAUGGCAACACCCAGACACCACCAGCCUUAUUCAAUUUUCAUCAUCUUUUCCCGCCAGCGUUUCAAUGGCAAAGCGAAUUUCUCGGGACUUUCAAAAUAAUACCGAUUCCACCGAUACCUGAUGGUUUACAAGAUAGACUGCAUGCGAGAGUCACGGACGGCAGCAGCAACAAGCAGAUUGAUGCGCAUGAUGAUCUUCUGUCGCCGCGGCAUUUGCAGUUUUUAUAUUCGCGGUUUAUAAGCUCCGCAGCAACGAAAACAGAAUCCCGUGGCUUUCCUUCCCUCUGGUUCGAUUGGUGCAAGAGUUUACCAGAAAUGGCGCAAUCGUUUUCAGAUAUGCCUGGCUGCUCUCAAACGAUCAAUGCUGCAAUCAAGGAAUAUUCUAUCAACGUCAAAACUCUAUGGUCCCGCGCAGCACCCGGAAAAAUCUUGGAUCGAGUAGUUCGCGUUUUAUUGCGGAUACAUUUGGCUCCAGCCCGUGAAAGUCAAUACCAAGAGAAACUCAGAAAGUCGACGAUAAACGAAAAUGCCCCCGUGCAACAAAGAAGGCGUUGAAACGGCGAAUCAAGCAAGAAAUGAAAAGUUUAGCGCAAGCUCAGAAUAGCGAAAAGUCUCUGAUCAGGUUACGCCGGUUGUAUGUACUCAGCCAGACAGGGAGGUGACUAUGCGCGAUAUCACCGAUGAAAUCGAAACGCUGUAUAUAUCGGAUGUGCCAAAUGUCGAUGAAGAAGAUCUGUUGGAGCUCAUUGAGGAAGAAGACGACGAAGAAGAAAGAUUAGAGGAAGAGGAGGGGAUAGACAUCCGUCAAACCGAAGAACAACAAAUAACAUUCGUUGAUCAUCA